AGCUGAGCGGUUGCACAAGGAUGGGACAAUGACGGUGGACGGCAGCGCCCCGGUGCAGCGCUCCUCACCUGGCAAGAGCCAGGGGCUCAACCUGCACAGCCCUCUCUACCUUGGAGGAGUGGAGCCCCCCCUGCGGCCCCCCACCAACGCCUCGUUCCAAGGGUGCAUUGGCGAGGUCUCUAUCAAUGGGAAGAAGGUGGAUCUGUCGUACAGCUUCCUGCGCAGCCGGGGCGUGGGGCAGUGUGGGCAGAGCUCGCCCUGCCUGCACGCACCCUGCCUGCACGGGGGCCGCUGCCUGCCCCUGCCUGCUGGCAGCCCUCCCUUCCGCUGCCUCUGCACCCCUGGCUUCAGCGGGCCGCGCUGCGAGCGGGUGGCCGACCGCUGCCUGGAGCACAACCCCUGCCUGCACGGCGGCACCUGCAAGGACAACGGCUGCGUCUGCCCCGAGGGCUAUGGCGGCCCCUACUGCCAGCACGGCGCGGAGCUGUCAGAGCUGGACCAGGACUGGCAGGAGGGCAGCGGUGGCAGCGACACGCCUGGGCAGUUCAGCGCCGUGUUCAGUGACGGCUCCUACCUGGCCCUGCCCGGCCACCUCUUCCCCCGUGGUGCACCUGAUUUGCAAGACACCAUUGAACUGGAGCUGAGGACAAGCAGCACUGAGGGGCUGCUGCUGCUGUGGCAUGGGGCGGAGAGUGGCAAAGCCAAAGACUUCGUGGGGCUGGGUUUGAAGGAUGGGCACCUGGUGUUCAGCUACCAGCUGGGCAGCGGCGAGGCCACCAUCGUCUCCGAAGACCCUGUCAAUGAUGGCGAGUGGCACCACGUGAUGGCGGCCAGGCAGGGCCGGCGUGGGUGGCUGCAGGUGGACGGGGAGGAGCCGUUGUUUGGAGAGUCCCCAGGAACCAACAUCAUGGCCAACAGCCAGGGCAGCGUCUACAUCGGCGGUGCCCCAGACCCCCGCAGCCUCACAGCCGGCAAGUUCCUCUCCGGCGUGUCGGGAUGUGUGCGGGGCCUGGUGCUGGCACCCGCAGGGACCCCCCGGCACCCCAUUGACCUGCGGCACGGCGCAGUGGGGGGCUCUGCCGUCGCCCCCUGCCCCUCCUAGCCUCCCUCUUACCCCCACACAGCCUGGGGGACGAGUUUUGUCGGGUUUAUUCUUAUUUUUCCAAAAAGCCACGAGAAAACGGUGCUUCGCUGGCCUGGGAUGGCUCCGGGGGCGCCGGGACCCCACAGGAAUGUUUACAGCCCCCCCUCCCCACUCCCGACCCAAGCCACGCUGGGGCGGCCGGGUCGCUCGGGUGCCUCCUGGGGUGGCACCUGAGUGGGGGGCACAAGGGACAAUCGUGGGUGUUGGCGGGGACAGCGGGCCCCCCCAGCCCCCCUGUGCUGGGACACCCAUUAAAGGAGAGAGAACGAGUGUGGGGGCCGUGUGUGGGUCUGCGCCUGGGGCUGUCAUCUGAAAUCCAGGAAGAACGGGGGCACAGGGCUCCAGGUGGAACUGGGGGCUCUGUGGGGGAAGAUAGGGGGAAGCCGGUGCUUUGGGUGGGGCACGGAGGUGUGGGGCUGGAAAGGGAGCACGGGGGGGUGCGGGCAUGGGGUUGAAUACGUGGGGGAGCCUGGAGCAGAUGCUUACGGAGGGGGGAUGCAUGGAUCCGCGGGACUGAUACGGGGGGAUCGCGGGUGCAGCUAUGGGGACCCGGGACAAGUGGAUGUAGGAGCACGGGGGGUCUGGAGGGGUGGGACGCAGGAUCUCGGGGGGACCGGACGCGGAUAUGAAGGUGUGAGGGGUACGGAUACAGGGCUGCGGAGGGAUUGGGUGCGGAGGAGGUUGGGCAUAGGGUCCGAGGAGGUAUGGAGGCGGCUGCGGGGCCCUGAGGGCGGUGCGUGAGACGGCGCAGGGCGGAGCUGACGGCCGCGGGGAUCAAACCGGUCCGACCCGAGCGCUGCAGGACGGCCGCGGCGUCGCGUAAUGGCGGCUGGAAGCGGCCUCGCCGGAAGCAGGCUCCGCCGGAAGUAGGCCCAGCCCGGUGCGU